CUUAGUGGGCCGGUCCAGUGCGGGGGACACGGCGAGCAAUAUGACUAAAAAGAAGCGGGAGAAUCUGGGUGUCGCUCAGGAGAUUGAUGGCCUAGAGGAGAAGCUGUCUCAGUGUCGGAAGGACCUGGAGGCUGUGACCUCCCGGCUCUACAGGGCAGAACUGAGUCCUGAGGACAGGAGGUCUCUGGAGAAGGAGAAAACCACCCUCAUGAGCAAAGCCUCCAAGUAUGAGAAGGAGCUGAAGCUGCUUCGCCAAGAGAAUCGGAAGAACAUGUUACUCUCGGUGGCCAUCUUCAUCCUCCUCGCCCUCCUCUAUGCCCACUGGACUAUGUGAGUCAGCCAUCCCCAGCCAUGCAGUCUCCCUUCCACUCCCUACCAGGGACCAAGCAACCUUUCAAGCACAAAACGGAGGUGGGGGCCUUUCCCCCUCUGGUUGCCCAACGGCUGUAGCAUGGUACUGUCGCGUCCUGCUCAGUAGAGGGGCAAUAAAGAGCCCCAUGCUUUGUUGUCCGGUGAGUAAAUAUCUCUGGCUGACUAGCUGAGGAACAGCAAGGGAGGCACUUCUGUCUCAAAGAUGAAGGGACGUUCCCAAGUUCUUGUGCAGAAGGAAGGGAAGAAGGGAAGGCAGCAUUGUGCCACCCGUUUCUCUAAACUCCGUGCCCUGGCCUGUGAUCACCACUGAAAAAAAUGCAGCAUGCAUAGGAAAAGGAGACUUGGACUUGAAGUGGUGGUCCCACACGCUGAAUGAACUCAUCUUCUAGAGACAGGCAGGGUGAGGAGGCCUCCAGGAGUGCUUGGGUAGUAAGAGCUGUGGUAGUGACCAGACUGACUGGUAGUGACAAGAGCCAGUAAAUAAGGUGGACUUGAUCAGAAGGAAGCCAAGCAAAAGCAGCUAACACAAGUCACCCCCGCUCUACUCACAGUAGAAGGUCCCAUGGAGAGGAACAAAGGAAUGCUGUGCGGUGUGAAGAUGGGAUCAGAUGCAGGCAGCCCGCUCAAGCCUGAUGGUCAGGUGAAGUAGGCUCAGGACACAACACUGGCCUCUUGUGGAGGGAGACUGGUCAGGGUCAGCCAAACACCCUUCCUUUUCUCUCUCCUGUCCCUUGUCUAAGUGAUACUAUUUGGUCUGACGCCUCUGUUAUUUUAGUCACACAGACUGAUCCUGGAUUAUCACAGUGCCACCAUGGAGUGAGCUGUGUGAUUUAUGUAAGAGAGAAAAGGUGCCUCCCCACCCUCCUGGGGCUGUGGAUUCAUUCAUUCCCCAAUCCCAGCUUCAAACA